UCAAACUCCAUAGUGAAAUAUUGUGCAGCUCAGUCUGGCAGCUGCAUGAGUUGCAAUAUGUGGAUGGAUUCUGUUUUCUCGUUUUCUGUUAUUUUACAGAUGAUUUGUGGUUAUCAAACAUGUUCAGAACUUGAGUUCACUAAUGGAUCCGACAAAGUGGUGACUGAAACAAACAGUUUAGUCAGAAUCACAUUCUUUUUAAAUGUCCAGAAAUGUCCUACAUCGGCGAACUACACUAUCACAAUAUCUCGAUACACAGAUGGGAGUCACUUAGACAUUUGCAAAAUUCGCCUGGAGAAAACGUGUAUGGUGUCGUCUUCCUCAGCAAAAUGUUUUUGUUUUUCCCCUGAAGGACCAGUUCUCUUCUCUCAGAAAAUGACAACAAAUGACAAUAACUCUGUUUAUAUUUUUAAGUGGACGGACAUUCUUGUAGGAGAAAAACAGAAGAAAUUAAUAUUUCAAAUUUACGAUGCAGUGGUAAGCACUAAGAUAGCUGAGAGCACUCACUAUCUGUCUGAUUCCGAGACCACUACAAAAGCACCUGACAGUAAGAAUGAUCAAUCAAAUAUCAUAAUGGUCAUCAGCAGCUCAGCCACUGGCGUCUGUUUGUUUGUUGCAAUAGCAGUAACAACAUUCUUCCUCAAAUUUAAAAGGAGAAACGGAAGGAUUAAUAGACAAAACCAGGCCAUGACAAAUACACACACCUCUUACUGCCUUCGUGACUCCUCAGGGAGUUCACCUACACCCAGAGACCAGGAAGGAGAGACUUAUGAAGAAAUUGAACAUCAAUUUGAACUGCACAACGAAGAUAGAGGAAAAAGCUGCAAGUAUGAAGUAAGCUUACCACAAUUACCUGUCAGUCCGAAUCACGAGGAAUAUUGUAUCGAAAGCCAUGUUGAUAAAAGUGAUAUCGCUACUUGCUCUUAUGGAUACCUGCAUCCGAUAUCUAUAUCAAGUGCACAAUCUGAAGAAAGUGAGUCAUGAAGAGGCACUAUCUAUAAAAUGGAACUCGUAAACGUAAAAUAUCUUCUGAUAGAAUUAUUUGCACCUGUACAGGUGUGACUACUCUGUUUUUUCUGGUGUUGAACCUAACUCAACACCUGUUUAACAAAUCUACAAUCUAACACUAUAUAAGUUAGAAUUAAAAUUCUACAUUUAUACAUUUGAGGUAAACAUCGAUGCCUGAAGUCAUAUCUAAGUCAUCAAGAAUCAGAACCCGGUCAAGACUACAGUGCUUUUUUGAUGAGAAAUAUGUUUUAUCUCUGCCUAUUGCUAAUUCCGGUAUGUCAGUUGUUCCGGCACAUUAGGAUCAAAGACAACAUGUCCAGAACUUUCUACUAGGCUUUCAUAAAAUGUUUACGACAAUAUCAAGCACUUUGUUUCCUUUAUUAAAGUGACCGUUAUAUUUUGCACGUAUUUCUAUAUUUUUUAAUUUCCUCUUUGAAGGUUUUAAAGCCACGACUCAGCUGAGCUUUUCAUAGAAGACGAAAGUAUGAAAAUGAAUGAAGCUGACGACAUUUAGGUCAGCAAGCUAAUUAUAAUGUUCAUUGAGCAACAUGAAGAUUUAGCAUAAGAUACAUUAAUCUGCCGGUGCAACGGUCGUUAACGAACAUCUUCAUAAGUUUCACUUAUUCCUUUGGGAUAUUUUUAAAAAAG